AAAAGGUAACCCACCAAUAACAGUAGCAUAUGGCCAAGUGGGAGAUCACAUAUAUAAUCUCUUACCAUAAAAAAAGACAGAAGAAAACACUGUGCAUAGCUUUGAAUACCAUCGGUAGAGAACUGAAGUGGUGGCAUUUAUCUCUGCCCAUCUCUCACCAACCAGAUGAAAAGAGAGGGUAACGGUAAAGAAUCACAGACAAAGGCGUCGGUGGAUCAGGGGUUAAACAGUGGAGAGUGGAGCCUCUCAUUUAUUGCCUUCAGAGAUUAUAAGUAGAACCGAAUGGGGUUGUAGCAAGUAACUUGUUGCGCUCUCUCUCUCCUCUUCCCUUCUCAGAUGGGGAGAUCUGCAAAUGCCCUGCUCCUCUUGUUUCUUCUCUGCUUCGUCGCAAUGGUAGCCACUUCUGAGCACUUGGUGGAUGAGGAGCUUGAAGCGAGCUUGGCUUCAGCAAAGAGUGUCCUGGUGCAUGUCAGUUCAGGUGUUCAAAGACACAAUACAAGAAACCCUGCUUGUUCUUCUGCCAGAAAUGCUGUUAUACAUGCAAAUGUGUACCUCCAGGGACCUAUGCCAACAAGGAAAAAUGCCCAUGCUACAAUAACUGGAAGACCAAGAGAGGAGGCCCAAAAUGCCCUUAGAGCCUUCUUCUGUUACUCUUUUCCAAUUAGCUCCUAAUGCAAGAUCAACUUAUGUAAGAUCAACUUAUUACUAGUUGUACUUUUUCCUGUCAUUUUAGCAAUUAAAGCAGAUAUAUGGGACCUCUCUUGCUAUUAA